AUGUCUAGCCUGCAAAUCCCAUCAGGCAAGACCUGGUUCGACACCCACAAAGUUCACUUUGAAGAUGUGUUCAUCACCGCUGACGAAGGCAUCUCCACGAUCGAGUUCCUCGACGCCUCUGAAGCCACCACGACCCUCUUCGACCUCUUGGGCUCUAUGGCCUUUACCCCCGUCAAAAACGACAUGAUGGGCAACGUGACUAAAGUGCGUGACCGACAAAAGGCUGCCCCCGAAAGCUCAUCCACACUACAAGAACUGGUGAAGACCGAGCUGGCCUCGAAAUCUCAUAAAGCGACUGAGGGUCUCUUGUGGCUUGUCCGCGGCUUGGAUUUCACAGCUCAGGCACUGAGAGCUGAUCUGACGAGCAAUGGAUCGGUGUCGGUGAUGGAGCAGAAGCCGACCAAGGAGUUGGCAGACGGAUUCAGGGCAAGUUACAAGAACACUUUGGCGCCUUACCAUGGGUUUUUGGUCAAGCCUGUCUUCAGUGCCGCUAUGAGUGCAACGCCCUACAGGAGAGAUUUCUACGUUCGAUUGUGUGGGCAAGGGACAGACCCGGAAAUGACGAGACAGGCGUUGGAGAAAUGGGUGUCUGCAUUGGAAAAGCGGGUGGCUAUCUUGAAGAGCUUUUUGGCCAGCAAGGAUGCCAAGUGGUAG